AUGUCCGGCACUGGCCCCCGCGAGGCCAUCUUCCCCACGCGCAUGAACUUGACCCUCACCAAGGGUCGGCUCAAGGGCGCGCAGACAGGCCACUCGCUGCUGGCCAAGAAGCGCGAUGCGCUCACCACUCGCUUUCGUCAGAUCCUCAAGAAGGUCGACGACGCCAAGCGCUCCAUGGGCCGCGUGUUGCAACUCGCGUCCUUUUCUCUCGCUGAGGUAACGUACACCGCCGGUGACAUCGGGUACCAGGUGCAGGAGAGUGUGCGCAAGGCGUCGUACACCGUCAAGGCGAAGCAAGAGAACGUGUCCGGUGUUGUGCUGCCCGCAUUCGAAGGCGUCCGCAAGGAGGGCAGUGACUUCAACCUCACGGGUCUGUCGCGUGGUGGCCAGCAGAUUCAGCGCAGUCGAGACACAUACAUCAAGGCCGUCGGUACGCUGGUGGAGCUCGCAUCGCUGCAGACGGCUUUCACGAUUCUGGACGAGGUCAUUCGCGCGACCAACCGUCGCGUGAAUGCGAUUGAGCACGUCGUCAUUCCUCGUCUCGAGAAUACGAUCAAGUACAUCAACUCGGAGCUGGACGAGAUGGACCGUGAGGAGUUCUUCCGCCUGAAGAAGGUGCAGGGCAAGAAGAAGCGCGACGCAGUUACUGCCGAGGCCGAACGUGCACUGAAGAACGCGGACGUCCAGGAGGUGCACAAGGACGACGGGAUUGGGGGCGGUGCGGCUGGGGGCGCCGAUAUGCUCGACGCCGACAAGGACGACGACGUUAUUUUCUAG